AUGCGCUCCUCUCCCGACGCCCAGAUGGCAACACGAAACGACGACGCGACCGCUGUCGCUCCUUCUUCUUCUUCUUCUGCCGCGUCUACUUCCUCCUCGCCAAAGGAAGACUACGCUGCCGCCGGCGCGGCUCGCGUUGAGGCACUAAACUCGUGCGCCCAGGAGAAGGCACUGUACGACGCGUGCUGGAACCACUGGUAUCGGUAUCACUUCAUUCGCGGGCAGCUGCAGCAGAACUGCAAUCACUUCUUCGAGGAAUACCGUGCAUGCGUUUUGGAGGAACUCGAAAAGAAGGGGCUGGUUGACUUGGCUGCCAAGGGCUUCGCUCUCGAUCCCGCGAACGAGCGCCGCGCCGAGCCCUGA